AUGGCUCAACCCGAAUCAAACUCUGGCCGGAUGAGAGUACGGGAAGCAAUCCCAGGACUCCGCCUCGGUCGCUUCAAGCCCGGAAAGCUCAACUCCAUCACCGACGUUCCCGGCGUGCUUGUCCAUGUCACAACCAUCCAGUCUGAAGACAAGAACGUCAAUAGCGGGCUUACGACGAUCCUGCCGAGAAAAGAUUGGCAUAAAUACUGCGGCUUCUCUGGCGUGUUUCGAUUCAACGGGUGUGGCGAGCUGACAGGGUCACACUGGAUUGAAGAGACCGGACUCCUUACUUCGCCGAUUCUUUUGACAUCUACUGGGUCAGUUGGCGACGCCUACCGGGGCAUUUACGAGUAUUGCUACCAAUAUCAUCUGGACGAUGAGGGCGAAAUGCCCCUGUUUAUUGUUCCCGUCGUCGGAGAGACGUAUGAUGGCUUUUUGAGCGAUCAUAGCCGCUUUCCAUUGACAUCGCAGCACGUCAUUGACAGCAUCAGGAAUGCCGCUUCCGAUGCUGUUCCUGAAGGCUGCACAGGAGGCGGGACUGGUAUGAUCUGCCACAGAUUCAAGGCUGGCACGGGCUCCAGCAGCCGAGUCGUCAAGGGCUUCGACGAGUCGGGCAACGAAGUUGACUACACGGUCGGCGUGCUGGUACAGGCCAACUAUGGCGGCCCUGUUGCGUUCCAUGUCGGCGGUGUCCCUGUCGGAGCCAUUCUCAAGGAGGAGCAGGAGACAGCACAGAAGGAUAUCGGCACGGAGAGGGACGUGAGGAAGGACGGAAGCAUUAUUAUUGUCAUUGCGACGGAUGCGCCCUUGCUGCCGGUGCAGCUGCAGCGACUGGCCAAGCGUGCUACCGUCGGCCUCGCCAAGGUGGGUGGCUACGGCAACAAUACCUCGGGCGACAUUUUCCUGGCAUUUUCGACAGCAAACAAAAUCCCGUACCAGGAAAUCUCCAUGUCAGGCCAGGCCUCCCGUCCGGUCAACCCACUGCAGCCUAGCCCGAUGACGGUGCAAAUGACGGACAACGAUUCUAUCGACGGACUUUUUGAGUCGGCGGCCGACGCAACAGAAGAGGCUAUCUAUAAUGCCAUCUUUAUGGGCACAACCAUGACUGGUUUCAAGGGCAGAACGGUAGAGGCGGCGGAUAUUGGAAAUAUUAAAGCGAUCGUGGAAAAGCGACUGUGA